AUGGCAACCGCAGGUGGAGGACAUGGGGCGGACAUGAGGAGCCACGACGAAUCGGUCAAGAGGCUGGCCCUCAGUCCUCGUUGCCGGGACAAUCAAGCAGUCACGGUGGUCACGCACCGAUGCAGUCACGAGCUAUAUCGCUUGGCUUGA